AUGACCAAGGCUCGCGUCGCAUCGAUCAGGUACCGUUUGGCGCCAAAAAAUUCGUUUCCUGCCCCAAUACUCGACACCUUGGUUGCCUACGCCAAUUUGAUUCACCCGCCACCUGGCGCUACAUGGUCUGCCGUGCCUGCAGAUCGUAUCGUGAUCACGGGAAAUAGUUCUGGUGCCAACCUCGGAUUGGGUUUGAUCAAGUUCCUGCUUGAGUGGCAAAAGCUAUCAGGGCAGCCGGUUCCCAGUAUUGCAGACUUCCAUGGUCAUGCAAUUUCUUUGCCUCUUCCCGCAGGCAUGGCUACAGUGAGCGGAUGGUGCGAUCAAUGCGAUGCUCUACCCUCGUGGCACAAGAAUGGUGAAUAUGACAUCUUGGAAGUUCUUCAGCCAGCAUGCAUGCCAGGUCAUCCGGUCGAUAGCAUUUGGCCCACCAAUCCACCGCGUGAGCACCCUUAUUGUGCGGGGGUGACGCUCGAUCAUGAGCUGGUAAGUCCUGCAGCAGUACGGGACUGGACGGGAGCUCCGCCAAUGUUUUUCUUAUGCGGGAGUGAGGAGCGUGGGAUUGACGGAAAUCGAGUCGUUGGCAGCCAGGCGGCAAAAUCCGGGGUAAUAGUGAUCUGGAAUGAAUAUGAGGGCAUGCCGCAUGAUUUUAUUCUCAUGAUGGCCAAACUUCCACAGGCGAAACAUGCAAUGGCGCUUUGGGCGCGUGCGUGUAUCGACUUGAUCGCGUCGAAAAGGGAAACUCGGAACCUAGCAAGGCCUUCUGCGAUAAAAUGGUUGAUGCCGGACUGCAAAAAGAAGGUUGAUUUGGGUGACCCACGAGAUAUGUCGCCUUUACCGUUUGAAGAAGUACGAAGGAAGAUGAGAGAAUACAAUGCAACGAGGCCGGUGUGGACGGGAAAGCUGGGAGAACCUCACCUGUAG